AAUCAUUCAUCGCAUUUUUAAUCUAUGGCACAGCGAUGGAGCAGCGAUGGUGGAUGUAGGACUCGCCGUUCACGUCGUUAUAGCGCCUCUAGUUUAUCAUACUCUGUGCUGCCUAGAGUGCUUGGCGUCUCUAUUUCGUUCUCAAGUUCGGCUUCGGGUGACGUCUCUGCUCUUCGGUUUGGUGCUUAGGUAUCUCAUCUCGGAUCCGCACAAGGUCUUCUUCUGUAUGGGUCUUAUGCCUAUCGUUCACAGACCUCACCCGGCUCAGCGUGCGCGACAGCGUCUUCAAUGAACCUUCGCACGGACCGCCCAAGCUUGCAGUCCAGAAAGGCCCACCCGUUGUGAUGCUGCGGUCGAGUGGGGCAGUCAUAGCUGAGCCACCGCUGACUGAGUGUGCGUCGGCGGUGCCGGUGGAUCCUACACGAGAGUGCGCGUGUGGCAUGAAGGUGUUGGAUGCGUAAUGGACUGAGCAUGAAGCUGCACACCCCUCGUCUGAAAUCGUAAGGUGCCGUGUUGGAUGCGGGAGAUCCAUGCAGGCUCGAGGACGUGACGCACACGAGCGCAGCCACUGCCGACUGAUCUUGUGUGACUGCGGCAAGAUGGUGCCGACUGCGUCACUGGAGCUGCAUCGCACUGCCGUAGAUGCAAACGACGGUGUGCUGUCACCUGGUGUCGUUCCUGCGGACCGGGACCCGGUCGUUCCGUGUAGACUACCUGGUUGUGCAGCGAGUAUGCGUGCGUCUCGCCGUGAUGACCACGAGAAACACGACUGUUUGUUUCGACUUGUACCGUGUCGGCGCUGUGGCGUCGAAAACCUCGCCGGGGAGAUGGAUACGCAUUUGUCUCGUGAAUGCACGCAACGACGACAGUCUCAACUGACGCUCUGUGUGUGUGGCAAGAUGGUCAGGAGAGGCUCGAUGGAGACGCAUCGGACCAACGAAUGCAGUCGAAGAGAAGCUACCAGCGACGAAACUGUACAGAGAGCACCAUCACUGUCCGUUCUGGUGGAAUGUAGACUACCGGGUUGUACUGCUCGCGUGGUCGAGAUGCUGCGAGAGAGUCAUGAACGUGACUGCAGUUUCCGUCUAGUCAUGAGUCCGCAGUGUUCAACUGAGCAUCCUGCAAUGAAAAUGGAGCAGCAUUUAACCGGGUGCACUAAACAAACAGAGCCUCAACCGAUUCUCUGUGCUUGUGGAAAACUCGUUAUGAAGGGGGCCAUUCAGUGUGGUCGGAAGCAACAUGCAGCAGAUAUGACAUAUCUAGCCGAUGCAUGUGCGUGCUCAGAAGUAUGUACUGCAGUCCAUGAGUGCGUUUGCGUCUCCCAGUGUCGUGGUACCUAAGCUCAACAAGAAAUUCAUUCAAGGACCUCUCAGUCCAAAAAGAUUACGAAGCCACCUGCGGUCUCUAUGAUUUAUCAAUAUUUAUGAGUCAACUCCCGGGUCUCGAGUUUUCAGUCUAAGGACCACCCUACAAAUGUGUAUCUAACAGCAAGUAUACUACCGGGAGGUGCACAGUCGAUGGAUGAAGCUUUUGAAGGUCGCUCGAAUGCGCGAGAAAGUGACCGCUCGAUGUGAAGUACCGAUGGCAUCGCUAGCCACUAGAUCUUGGGCUGUUGCAGCGUCUCCAAGUGAUUGAUCCCAUGUCAAGUCACAGCUUUUGCCAGAUCGAGGACCUAUUGGGUCAUUAUUGAAACCAUCAACAACUCUACAGGUGACGAAAGAAUUGGUGAUCUCUCCCCUCAGACACAAAAUGAUGGAAGAACAUCGAGGCUCACCGUCCCUACAGCUAGAGUUGUGCCGUCUCCAAGGGAAGACGUCGUGUCACCAACAACAGCUCCCAGUGACGAGUACAAUUGCGACAGCUACCCCUCGCCGUGUCAAGGGCUCGCAGAAGUUCUGCCUUUCGUAAUUCAUCCUAGUUGUCCAGUAAAUUUAGUUAAAACGAUG